AUGGCAAACUCAACCACCCUCCAAUUCAAUGCAACAACAAUAUCCGAUCUCCCAUCACUUCCUCAUUAUAUCCUCACCCCCCUACAACCACUCGUCCCUUACAUAUCCGAUUUCUAUCUCUCACUCAUCUGUCCCAUCGCUGCCUACUGGGUCGUCUCUCUUUUCUUCCAUGCAAUCGAUACCCUAGACAUCUGGCCUCAAUACCGUUUGCAUACUCCCGCCGAAAUCCUCAAAAGGAAUCGCGUCUCUCGUUACGAAGUCGCCCGCGAUGUGAUCAUUCAACAAAUUAUCCAAACCAUCGUUGGAGCUUUGCUAGGCCUCACCGAACCCGAAGAAAUGGCCGGGAAAACCGAAUUCGAUAUUGCGAACUGGGCGCAAAGGAUACGCAUAGCACAAAGAGCUUUACCUUCGAUCUUGAGUCUAAUAGGACUAAAUGCAUCCGCGAUAUCGAAAAAUGUAGCGGGGAACUGGCCAAUGGUUGCGGGCGUAUUGGCUGGUGGAAAAUAUCCAGGUUUAAUGGAAGGUUUGAAUGUAGUGAGUGGUGAACAAAUUCCGGCUUUUGCGGAGUGGGAAAUGUGGGCUGCGAAGAUGAUAUAUUGGUAUAUUGUGCCGGCAUUACAAUUUGGGUUGGCGAUUGCUAUUGUGGAUACUUGGCAAUACUUUUUGCAUAGAGCUAUGCAUAUGAAUAAGUGGCUGUAUACAACUUUCCACGCCCGCCAUCAUCGUCUCUAUGUUCCUUAUGCCUAUGGAGCCCUUUAUAAUCACCCCUUCGAAGGUUUCCUCCUCGAUACCCUCGGUGCAUCAAUCGGUUACAAAGUAUCCGGCAUGACAUCUCGUCAAGGAAUGGCAUUUUUCGUCGCCUCAACCAUCAAAACAGUAGAUGAUCAUUGUGGUUACGCACUUCCAUGGGAUCCUCUUCAACAUAUCACAAGUAAUAAUGCAGGAUAUCAUGAUAUUCAUCAUCAAAGUUGGGGAAUUAAAGCGAAUUUUAGUCAACCUUUCUUCACAUUUUGGGAUAGAAUAUUAGGGACCGUUUGGGUGGGGGAUACGAAGGGGAGAUAUGAGAGGAGUAGGAAGGCGGCGGAGGUGUUGGUUGAGGCGGAUAGGGUUAAGGUUGGGGGGAAGGAGUUGUGA